GUUUCCACCUUUGGCUCCCAAACAUAGCAAAGCAUUUUGAAGGAGAAAGUGUUUGGCCAAGAACCUCUCCACGGAGCUUCAAAGAGAGAGAAUGGACACUUACAUUUCUACAGCUGACCCUUCUGUCUUGCUCUGCUUGGGUAUGACUGCAGCAUUUGGAAUAAUCACCUUUUACAAAGCCAAGAAGAACCAGGUGGAGAAAAGAUGUAUAUCUGCCCGUGGUCUCCUCCUGCUGUUUUUAUUGGAAAUACUCUGUUUUGUCAUGCUGAAAAGUUACGUAGGCUUAAUCCUGUUCUCUAUGGCAUGUCUCAUCUGUAAUAUUUACGUAUCAGUUCAGACAAUGUUACCUGUGGACAACAAAGCUGUAUUGAUCACAGGGAGUGAUUCCGGGUUUGGACAUGCAUUGGCGAAGUACCUUGAUAAUUUAGGAUUUGUUGUAUUUGCUGGAGUCUUAAAUGAAAAAGGAUCUGGGGCUGAAGAAUUAAAAAGAAGCUGUUCCCAGAGACUGUGUGUCCUACAGCUGGAUAUAACCAGUUCUGCACAAAUUAAGGAAGCCUAUCUUAAAAUUUCAGAGAUGGUGCAAAAUACAGGGUUAUGGGGUGUCGUCAACAAUGCUGGAAUCCUGGGGUUUCCUGCAGAUGGUGAGCUGCUGCCCAUGAGUGUUUACAAGCAGUGUAUGGAUGUGAAUUUCUUUGGGCAUGUAGAGACGACCAAAAUGUUCUUACCGUUACUUCGGAAAUCCAAAGGCAGGCUAAUUAAUAUCUCUAGUAUGGCAGGAGGCAUUCCGAUGACAAGGUUUGCCGCAUAUGGUGCAUCAAAAGCAGCUCUGUCCAUGUUUUCUGGAGUAAUGAGGCAGGAGCUUGCCAAAUGGGGAAUUAAAGUUGCUGCAGUUCAUCCAGCCGGCUUCAAAACAUGCAUACAAGGUACAUCUGAGUUGUGGGCUAAGCAAGAAAAGCAUCUUCUGGAGAAUCUCACACCAGACGUGAAGAAAGAUUAUGGUGAAGACUACAUUGAAGCACUCAAAAAUUUCCUUCUGCACAUGCCAGUUCAUUCAGAGCCUGACCUCUCUCCAGUACUAGAUGAUGUUCUCCAUGCUUUAUUGGCAAAGAGUCCACAUGGUUUAUACACUCCAGGCAAAAGUGCUUACCUAACUCUUUGUAUCUUUUGCUAUUUUCCUCUCUGGCUUUACGAUUUUUAUAUUGGUAAGCUGCAAAGUAACAAAAGUGUACCCAGCGCUUUAAGGGCAUCAGAGGCCAAAAACAAGAACACGUAGGCAGAUUGUGGAAUUCUGUCAGCAUUUUAAAUUACACCAGGAGAACAGGGAAAGGUUUUGUGUGAAGACACCGUUUGCUACAUUGAAAUUUACUGGGGCUCUUUGCUCGUCAAAUUGCAUUCCAGCUGCUGGGCAAUUGGGGCUGAGGUUAAUCUUGAAGCUUUGUAUAUUUUAGGUUUUGUCUACACUACGGGGGGAGAUUGAUCUAAAUUAUGCAACUUCAGCUAUGUGAAUAACAUAGCUGAAGUUGAUGUACUUAGAUCUACUUACCGUGGGGUCCACACUAUGCGAUAUCAACUGCACUCACUGAGGACUAGUUUCUUGGCAAGUUUUAAAAGACUUCAUUUUAUUUGAGUGCUAAAGAAAGUUAUUUUAUUUAAGUACUUGGGGAUCAAAUGCUUCUCAUAUAUGGGAUAACUCAGUCAUGGUCAAAUUAAGUUUUACUUUAAAACAUCUCUCUUUGGGUUCAGAACAUGUAUGAAAAAGUUUUCGAGGCCUAAAAAUUAAAGUGGAGAUGUUGUUUCCCUAUCAGGACUUAAAAACACCUUCAACAUUUGUACGUGUUCACUGGCAAGUGAGAUUUUUUAUUUUCAAAAGACUCUGUGUCUGUGUGAUGCUGAUUUUCACUGAACAACACCAAGUAAUGAAGCAAGAAUAACAACUUUUAGAACCAAGGCUGUUUUUAGCAGGCCCAUAAGUGCUUUCUUGAUGCAUGGAUGUUCAAAAGACAAUAAAUGACCUGAGAGUGUAAG